AUGCCUCCAGACGUAACGAGACCUGGGAAAAGACACAGACAGUCUGUUUUCACGGAAGAUCUACCAUCAGCAAAAAGAGUACGAGAAAAUCCUGUUACCACUGGUAAAGACCAGGUCCCACCAAAGAAAACGAAAGCUCGAGUCGAGCCUUCUGGUAAAGCGCCGGUUAAGACUUUGCCGGUUGCCGAUGGCACGGCUAAAGCGAAACCAAAGAAAAAGAAGUUCGAUGCCAAUCCAGUGGUUGACGCACUCAGGAAGGCCGUGGUGAUCACUGGUGGCAAGAAAAAAUCCCAAGGUAAAAGAAAAGAAGCUGGAGCUGGGCCUGGGCCUCUUUUCAAGACUGGGGCGCUCCCAGCGCCAGGUGCGGUUCCAAAAGGAGUGGUCAAGAAAGGCGACGAUAUCUUUGAGCCGGGUGCGCUUGAAAAAGCACUGGAAAAGAUGAAAAAGGAAGGAGAAGAGCAGGAUUCUCCGCCUACUCCGCCAGAAGUUAAACCUCUCCAGAUUGUGACAAAGAUUGACGAUGUUCAUAAGGGUAUUAGAGACAAGGAGGUUGGAAAAUUCACAAUCGAGUUUCUUUUUCUAUCAGAGGCGGACAAUGGUGACAUAGACAAUCACACUGUUGCUAGGCUUACUUUCAAGGACAUUGAAAAGGAAGACUCUGAGUAUGCAAAUGCUGGAACCAGGGGCGUGGUGAUUGACUGGGCAGCCAAAACGGGUGCCAAAAACGCUACGUAUAACGCUGGCGAACUGGAGGUGAAACCCUUCUCGUAUGAGGGCAUGCACAAUAAGGGGGUAUUUAGCUUUGAUAUCCCAAUCAAACCUGACACGGUCAAGACAGUGCAGCAUUUCCUGAAUGUCCUACUUAGUCAUACUUUCAUCCCAUGUGCAUUUAAUGUCACAUCGCGAGGUCUGUUGGGCUGCAAGGAUUUCCAGUCUCAAUAUGUCUAUCGUCUGAAUCAAGCUAACAUCCUCAACAUCCCGGAUGCUGACGCUGCUGUGGUUUACGGUCAUUUCAAUCUCAAUUACAGAAAGAGAAAUCCGAAGACGAAAAAAAACCCUUGCGGUUAUGCUGUAUUCAACUCUGUUUAUUUUGGGAAGCAUGUGAAAAUUGAACAUGUCGAUUAUAUGGCAGAACGUAAAUACUUCAACCAACUGGAAGACGAGGCAGCAGCAGGUGUAGACCCACAUACUAGCAAAAUCUCGGAUGCAGACUCCGAGGAGCAUGCUCUUCCAGGUCCUGGUCCUCCUGCAUCUCCAGUCAUUCCCCCUCCAGGUCCCGCUCCUCCUGCAGUCCCUGUUCCUGUGCCAGUCAUCCCUCCACCAGCCCCUCUUCCUCCGGCCCCUGUUCCCCCAGCCCCUGUUCCUGGCGAUGGCGGCCAUCAUCGCUCUAUAAGUCAAUGGGCUAAAGAAAAAAGGACCGAACUCAAGGGUACCGGGACUAAAAUUAAGCGGAAAUUUCAAGAUAAAAAGAAACGGUGGGAAGACCGAAGAAAACAAGGGGGAGCUGGAGCCUAA